AUGUCUAGAGGUGGGCUGCGCCAGCUGCUCAGAUGUCCCGCUGGCAAAUAUGAUCCUGAGGAAAAGAGGCAGCAUGAACACACGAGACGUUUGGAUCACAUUGGGGUCGCUUUGCUCUUCGUGCUCUAUGUAGCCUUGCUGCACGCGCUGGAAGUAGAUCUACCAGUUCCGGAAGCACCAUGCCUCGUAUCUGCCGCUCAGCUGGCUGUUGCGACCCUUGCUGUGUUCAAUCUCUACGUUGAAAUCUACGUGUUGCCGCGUGGCACGAAAGAGGCCGACGACGACUUUCUGGUUACGUAUGGCCCUUUUGGCAGGUGGAUUUAUUUGACGCAUCAGACAAUAGGAGCCUUAGCUCUGCAUGCUGCCACCUCUGCAGUGGCUCCUUUUGUCGGGAGGCGUUUAGUCGUUGGCACGUAUGCUGCAUCCCCGGUGGUUGGAGCAUUCGGUGUUUUUGUUACUGUCCAGUAUUUCAACUUGGUGUUCAGCCAUCCAGAUCAUCAGAGGCAAUGCCAGGUUUGGGCUGCUCGUGGAGUGCGCUUUGGUUUCAUCGAUUGUUUGCGUCACAGCCUGCCCAUCAUCGUGGCCAUCUUCGACAUCGUUUUAAAGCACCAGCAGACACUACAUGUUGCAAUGCCAUCUGCCGUGGGCCUUAUUCGCCUUCACUUGCUCUAUGUUACCAUCUUUCUGGGCGUCAUACACUUGAACCACCAAAUCACGGGUCGCUGGCCUUACGGGUUCAUGAAGGAUCUUGGUUUGAGUUUUACCCGAUGGCUUGUGUUCUUGAUAGUGCAAGGAUCCAUUUUGUCAAUGUGCGGCUUGGCCUUGUCCGGACUAGCCAGUCUGUCUCUGUGGUGA